AUGGAUGAUAUGGAUGUCGAACCAGCGGAUGACGCUCAGAUUCAGUCAUGGCUUCAAGUUAAACUUGACCCAGAGCAAAUGAUCGGAGAUUCAAUCACCCGAACCUGGAAAAUUCAACGUGCUGCUACUGUCACCUUCAAGAUUUGUUCUAUGGACGAGGAAUAG